AAUUAAAAUAUAGUGACGCACCGUUAAAUGAUAAUCAUUCUGAGAUAAGAAGCCCUAAAACUGCUUCUCUACAUAGGUCCAGUAUUUGCAAGCGGAUAAGACUCAUAAGACUGACCAAGGGUAUACAGUCCUGAAGAAGAUGGGUGCACCAGAAAUGUCCCUUUAUCCGGAUGCAUCUUUGCAAAAGCUGAAAAUCUCAAACAAUGUCCAGUUUCUACAGCAGAUGCGUUUCCUGAACAGGACGACACGUGGCAUACGACAGGAAAUCUUCCAUGUGAACGACUCGGCUUGGCCUGACAUGUGGCACGCGCAACCCGACAAGUUCCCAAGCCUAGGUGUGUACAACGCUUGGUUGCUAGGAUACGGAGGGAUGGGUGUUCACAUAACUAUCCUUGACGACGGCGUCGAACCUGACCACCCGGACCUUGCGGCCAACUAUGACGCUGCUAACAGUUAUGACUACCUCUACGAGCAGCAGUAUGUAAACCACACACUGGGAGACUUUCACGGCACGUGGUGCGCUGGUAUUGUGGCUGCCACGAAGAAUAGCGACUGUGUGCUCGGCAUGGCAUAUGAGGCCAAGUUCUCGGCUGUGAAGAUUUUUGACGAGUUCUAUGGACUGACUGACUUCGGCGAGUCGCUGGCUCUGAGCCACAACCUCGCACGGACGGACGUCUACUCGAACAGCUGGGGUCCUGUUGACGACGGUGAAACGUUUGAGGGACCCGGGCCCCUUGCACAAGAGGCACUUGAAAGGGCCGUCACAGAGGGUCGGGAUGGUAAAGGAGCGAUAUUCACUUGGGCGGCCGGAAACGGCGGCAUAUACGACGACUGCGGGUGCGACGGGUACGCCGGAAGUAGGUACACGAUCAGCGUGACGGCGGUGGGGCGUGACCAAGGGGCCUCUUGGUACUCCGAGGAGUGUUCGAGCGUCUUUAUAGGAGCCUACAGCGGGGACAGCCCCGACUUGAGAAUCUCAACAACGGACACAGGCGGAGCUUGCACAAACCGAUUCCAAGGCACUUCCGCUUCCUGUCCUAUGGCAGCCGGAAUCAUUGCGCUUGCACUGGAGGCAAAUCCCGAGCUGACGUGGCGGGAUGUUCAGCACCUGAUAGCGGCCACGGCAUCCACAUCCGGUCUGGUCCGCGCCGGUUGGCAGAAGAAUGGCGCCGGGCUUAGAGUGAGUCACGUGUUCGGGUUCGGUCUGAUAAACGCCGAAGCGAUUGUGAACGCUGCGGUCAUGUGGAAUAACGUGUCACCCCAGACGCAAUGCACGAGUGACGUCAUAUUGGUCGACCGAUUGUCUGCUAAUGGCGUGGAGGUGGUGAGCGAGCACGUGUCACGUGGCUGUGAUCUCGUGCAGUACCUUGAGCACGUGGAGGUGUGGAUAAGCUUCUACGCCACCUACCGGGGCAGUGUGCAGUUUAUCCUGACAUCUCCCGCCGGUACUGACAGUAGAUUAUUACGUCCACGUCGGUUUGACGUUUCUAACGGCACGACGGAUUGGACGUUCAUGACGGUGAUGUCGUGGGGAGAACGGCCGAUGGGCGUCUGGACGCUGCGGAUGGAGACAACUGACUCCUCGACAGAAUUUGGCUUGAACUCGUGGCGCUUGAGUCUAUAUGGCGUCCAGACAGCACCCUCUUACGUCGACGCGCAAGUGUUGCCUCAGUCCGACGCCGACGAGACAACUGCUGGGGCCAUUGCCGGCGGUGUGGUCGGCGGUCUGGCUGUCGUAGCGUUUGUCGUCGUCGCCCUCGUGUACAUUCUCGUCGGCAAGAAAGCAAAGUCGCCGGCUAUACAUCCGGAGGCGUCAGGGGUGGUCAACCCAUCGAUGAACGCGAGGUAUCCGGAAGGAACUACCGUGAAUGGGGACGCAUAACAAAUCACACUAUAUGAUUGUUAUAAAACUGUUGUAUUUUAUCAUGUAUACUAAUACGUAUUCUAUACUAAUACUGCGCUUCGUGUAUUAUCAAAAUAUCAACUAAAAAAAUAACUUCUUAUUUUGUUGGUAAGGUUCUUUUAAUACUGAUUUCUGAUGUCUUUAGCCCAGCGAAUGUUAACAGGGGUCUAUAAAUAAAGUUGUUAAAUAAUA